AUGGCGCCCCUAAAUGCCGCCUCUGAGGCCGCAAUAGCCCGACUCCGAAGCUAUGUCCCCCCGCCAACAGCAUACAGCUCAGUGCCACUAAGCCGGCGUGCAGCCGUGCUGAUACUGCUCUACGCCGACGCUAAGGGGGACCUUAGGGUGGUGAUUACGAUCCGGGCCAAGACACUCAGUUCGUAUGCAGGAGAGGCGGCUUUGCCAGGUGGCCGAGCAGACACCCUUCAGGAAACGCCCUUCCAAACCGCCCGCCGCGAAGCGAGCGAGGAGAUCGGCCUCCCCGAAGAUGAAGGAGGACCUUCAAUCCUCCCUCCCUUCCGCGUGGAGCAUCUCUGCGAGCUCCCGGCAAACCUUGCCAAAACCGAACUGGUCGUGCGUCCCUGCGUCGCGCUGCUGCAUGGCUACGAUCCUGUAACGGGGCUGGAGGCUGAUCCGGAGGUAUCGCUGAUCCCCAAGUUGGAUGCUCGGGAGGUUGCUGCGGUGUUUACGGCGCCGUUUAGGGAUUUCUUGUCUAUUACUGAGGACGUGGAGUGGUAUCUGCACCAGUUCUUUGUCCCCAGUCAAACGGUCACACAUCGAUCGACAACAUCCAACGUCAAAGUAGAAGGAGACACUCGUUAUCGCGUAUUCGGCAUGACAGCCCGCAUGCUGGUUGACGCGGCGCGAGUCGCCUAUGCGCAGGAACCCGAGUUCGAGCAUAACAGCCACUUCGGGGAUGAGGCCAUGAUCGCCAAGCUUCGCCGGUUAGGCAGAUUGAGUGCGGUUCGCAAGGCCUCGGAUGGGUUAACCCGCGAAACUAUGGAAAAGGCGUCCAAACUUAGCUAG